UGCGCAGUGACACUAUAAAUGCUAGCAGAGCAGAACGGAUGUGUCUGACAUUAAAGACUCGAUUGACAGCUCGUAAACCUCCUGAUUUAAGCUCGACAUGGGAAAAGGCUGUAAAGUGGUGGUGUGUGGACAGGCAGCAGUGGGAAAGACUGCCAUCCUGGAGCAGCUGCUGUACGGAAACCACUCUGUAGGCUCUGAGUCCAGUGAGACGCAGGAGGAUGUGUACGUGGCGUCGGUGGAGACGGACCGCGGUGUGAAGGAGCAGCUGAGGCUUUACGACACCAAAGGUCUGCAUGACGGACAGGAUCUCCCCAAACACUACUACUCUGUGGCGGACGGAUUCGUGCUCGUCUACAGUGUGGACAGCGUGGAGUCCUUCAAGAAGGUGGAUGUCCUGAAGAAGGAGAUAGACAAGUCCAGAGAUAAGAAAGAGGUGACGGUCAUCGUUCUCGGGAAUAAGACGGACCUUCGGGAGCGUCGCCAGGUGGAGCCGGAGGCGGCGCAGCAGUGGGCUCGAGGCGAGAAGGUGAAGCUGUGGGAGGUGAGCGUCACCGAGCGAAACUCCCUCAUCGAACCGUUCACGCAGCUCACCAGCCGGCUCACGCAGCCGCAGAGCAAAUCCACCUUCCCUCUGCCCGGACGCAAGAGCAAAGGAACGCCGUCCAACGACAUCUGAGAGCCAAAACCCUGGAACGCGUCAGCAUCUUACCACUUCCUGUCCUCUCUUUUUAAUGGUUUUCUAAAUGUGUUUUGGCCUGAAAUAAGAUCUGUGGUUAACACAAACUGAAGAUAUUUUGAUUCUACUAUAUAAAGUCAGUUAAUACUCCUCCUUGAGUUUAGCGGUGUUGACGUGAAGUCAUGUGACCCUGCUGCUUUAUAGCCCAACAUUAGCUACCUUUAGCUUAGCGGAGGUGACCUGAUCCUGCCGAACAAAACGUGUAAGAAUCAUAAAAGUUUGUUUGCCACAGAGAUUAUUUCCCGCAAUAAUCCAAGAUCACAUGGAGAAAUCCCAUUGGUUCAGGGAGAUGCUGCCUUCAGGGUCAACCUAAAAUAAUAUGACAUCCCUACACCACUCUAUAAGCAGCAUAACACACAUUAAGUCAGCUAUAUACUACAUAAUUGUAGGGGAAAACAUUUUAAGAAGAAUGCUAAUCAUCUUUCCUACUGAGAACCCAAGUCUGUAUGAUUGAUAUAAGAAGCUAUCAUAGUCAGUGUAUUACCGCCACUAGAUGCAGUUUGUGGAAACGGACAGGAGUACCAGAAGGAAGCUAAGCUAUGUAUUGUUGUGGACAUAUUUUAGACACAUAAAAACACCAUUAUGUUGACGCUGUAUUUAGAAUAUUAGCAUCCCUUUACUUUGCUGGCAGUUGGCCCUUUUCGAUGAAGAACUGUAGCCGAUAUCUCUUCUCUUCAAAGCCACCAGACUCCAUUGGCAAAACUGUAAUUUUACACAAAUAGGUAGAAAGUGAAUCCUGUAUUCUCCUGUGUUGUUUACUAAUCCAAUGAGGAUGCAUGUUGUAUUUCUUUGUUUACAGCAAACCAAACAGACAGAAGUGUCACCUGUAGCUUCGUCAGUGUUUUUCAUUGAAGGUGGAAAACUAUCGUUAGCACUUUAGUACCAAAGAUUUGACGCAACUCAAACACAGAUCUUGUGGAUUUACCUUUUAUAAUAACCACUUAUGUUUACUUACCAUUUCAACUGAACUGUAUACUAUAGGUUUUGUCCACUCUAUUCAAAGUUGAAUGAUAGUUUAAGUUGUUCUUUGAGACAAUGCCUGUAUAUUUUAAAGAGUCAGUGGUUGCUGAAAUUAUCUUUAUUUAUCCCAAGAGUUCCCAAUCUAGGAGCUCAGUGUGUAGGCAUUUGGAAACUCAAAGGUCGCCUGUUCAAGUCCUAAUGAUCGAUACUCCACUUUAUUAGUAUAACUAAGCCUCUUAUUACAUUUGGUGAUUGUAUUUUAGCACCAUCUGCAAUCUCGUUAUAUCCUAUCCUAACACUAAACUGUGUGCUGUACAUGUGACUCAAAAAGACUGAUUCAAAUCCUCCAUUAACAAAACAAUACUGUCCGCUUAAUGUAUUUAAUCCAGCGUGUAAUUAGCCCCAUUUCUUACAUUGGAUUGCACUAGUAUGUACAGGAGAGGAUUAGGGCCAUGUGUUUUUUUUAAAAGAUCUGACCAAAAGUAAUUCUUUAAAAAUGUUUUAUCGGAAACCUUUUUCUCACUUUUUUUAGAGAUAAGUCAAAAUUCUGAGAAAAAUAACAAAAUAAAAAGUUGGUGACAACAACAAAAAAUACAAGGUCAAAAUUCUAAGAAAAAUGUCACAAUUCUGAGCAAAAUCUGAUUUAAAAAAUGACAACAUUAAAAACAAUAAAAAGUUGGCCACCAAAACAUUUGAAAAAAGUAAAAUUCUGAGUUACGUCAAACCAGGAGAAAAUAAGUUGCCCUAAUCCUCUUCCGUAAGUAUGCAAUCUUUUUGUAGCCAGUAUAGAUAAUUACAGCUACCUGUCACUCUUUCAACAUAAACAUCUCGUUGUAUUCAGAAAAGCACUUCAGAAGUAUGUCCUUAAAUCUGUGGCACCAAACUCACAAAAGCUGCACUCCACCUGUCUUUUUUUCAGACACAUCUGUGAUGUUAUUUCCCACGGGAUGUGAAUGCAGCAUUCGUCCAGUCCAUCUCAUAUGAAUAUAUAUGUGUAUAUAUAUUAAGGCCUGGCAGCAAUAAUAGUCAUGGUGCUGCAUUUACUUGUGAUGUAGUUGCACUUCUGUAUUUUCCAGCCUGUUUAAUCCAAUAGGGCUAACGUGUCUAACAGUAGAAAAUAUUUAUUUUUAAACUAAUUUAUUUUUGUCACUUUAAUGAACCACAUUCCUCGACUUGUUUUGAAAAAAUGAUGAAUCAAUGUGAAGGAUGAUCUGCGCUGUUUCUCUUUGUGUUUCCUUAAAGUAAUAAUGAAUGUGCUGCUAGUAGAACAGAGGUCGUGCAUUAUUCUAAUAAGAUGCACUGAAUAAAAUGUAGCCUCGUAUUAAA